CAGGGGAUGGCGGCCUCCUCCUCAUUCCUCCGUCUGAGGAUUUGGGGACAGAGCCUCCUCAGUCAGCUAGCGGGUUCUUUCUCUGGGGUCGUCUGACCUGAAAUGCUUCCAUUUCAUGGGUGGAUCUAAGUGGUUAGUAUCUGUGUCACUGAGGCACUCAAGGAAAGUUGUUGCCUAGAAUUUACAUCGACAGAAACCCCCCUCACCUGAUUUCUGAAAAAUAGACACGUCUAAAUAUGUCCCUUAUCUGAAGUGAUGAUAAUGUAUUAUGACAACGUUAAAUAAUUUUCUGACCACCCCCUGCUCACCCAAGAAAUGGAAUCAUUUAACCCCUUUGGUGAAUGUGGCCUCAUUUACUACAGGAUUCCCAGCACCUAAUAGACUGUUGGCUUAUAAUAAACACUAGAAUUCUUGUCUUGAUCAACCAGAUUUUAUGGGAAUGAUAAAGGUCACAAUUUAUGGGACCCCUAAUGUGUGCCAGGCACUGUGAUGGGGAUUUUACAUCAUUAUCUCAUUGAAUCCUCCCAGUGACUACGUAAACUAGGUCUUACUAGGCUCAUUUUCCAGAUAAAGAAACUGAGGGUCGAACAAGAUUAGUAACUUCUUUGAAGUCACGCAGCCAAUAAGGGCAGCCUGGGAGUUGGUCCCAGUUCCCUGGGACUCCCAAGCCAUGUUUUUUCCACCAUACCGGUGAUUCCGAGCCCUGAUGCACAUAGCAUUACCCAGGAAACCUGAAGAAAGCUAAAUGUGGUCAACAGUGUCAGCAUUUCAGAGGACAUCAAGCCCUUACCAGGGCUUCCUGGGAUUGGAAACAUGAACUACCCAUCAACCAGCCCCGGAUCCCUGGUUAAACACAUCUGUGCCAUCUGCGGGGACAGAUCCUCAGGAAAGCACUAUGGUGUGUAUAGCUGUGAAGGCUGCAAAGGCUUCUUCAAGAGAACCAUACGCAAGGACCUCAUGUACACGUGCCGGGAUAACAAGGACUGCCUCAUUGACAAGCGUCAGCGGAAUCGCUGUCAGUACUGCCGCUACCAGAAGUGCCUGGUGAUGGGCAUGAAGAGAGAAGCUGUGCAAGAAGAAAGGCAGAGGAGCCGGGAGCGGGCCGAGAGUGAGGCCGAAUGUGCCAGUAGUGGCCAUGAAGAUAUGCCUGUGGAGAGGAUUCUAGAAGCCGAGCUUGCUGUUGAACCAAAGACAGAAUCCUAUGGUGACAUGAAUAUGGAGAACUCGACGAACGACCCUGUCACGAACAUAUGCCAUGCUGCUGAUAAGCAGCUUUUCACUCUUGUCGAAUGGGCCAAGCGCAUCCCCCACUUCUCUGACCUCACCUUGGAGGACCAGGUCAUCCUGCUCCGGGCAGGGUGGAACGAACUGCUAAUUGCCUCCUUCUCCCACCGCUCCGUCUCCGUGCAGGACGGCAUCCUUCUGGCCACCGGCUUACAUGUCCACCGCAGCAGCGCCCACAGCGCUGGGGUCGGCUCCAUCUUUGACAGAGUCCUGACUGAGCUGGUCUCCAAAAUGAAAGACAUGCAGAUGGACAAGGCGGAGCUGGGGUGCCUGCGGGCCAUCGUGCUGUUUAACCCAGUUUUUCAGAUGGAUAGUAGACAUCCAAGGGUAGCUGUCCAGGAAGCUAGUGUUCGUGAGUCUGGGACUCAGAGGAGAAGUCAGGACCGGAGAUGUGCCUUUGAGAGCUGUCAGCCUCUACCGGGCACACGAGACUCUGAGACAGAUGCCAAGGGUCUGUCCAACCCCUCGGAGGUAGAGACUCUGCGAGAGAAGGUUUAUGCCACCCUCGAGGCCUACACGAAGCAGAAGUAUCCGGAACAACCUGGCAGGUUUGCCAAGCUGCUGCUGCGCCUCCCGGCCCUGCGCUCCAUUGGCCUGAAGUGCCUGGAGCACCUGUUUUUCUUCAAGCUCAUCGGGGACACGCCCAUUGACACCUUCCUCAUGGAGAUGUUGGAGACCCCGCUGCAAAUCACCUGAACGCCCCCAGCCGCAGCCCCCCCAGCCUGGGACUACCCCUGGGCGGGUGUGUGUGGACCCCCCACCCUGCACACGUCCCGCCGCCUCCCGCCCUGACCCUUUCCCGUUCCAAUAAUGUGAUGCUUACAAUAAAGAAACCUUUCUACA